CUAAACCCAAACCGCCCGGAGCCUAAAAUCUUAAAAAAGAGCAAAGACGUAAUGCGUUUUAAUUGUUUCAUUUAAAUGGGUUCCCUUUCUGACAGCUGAUUGGUUAUUGAAAAUUAAGAAAGCUAUUUAAUGCUUUUACUCGGGUAUUUAAUAAUUAUAAAGCUGUUUAAGAAUUCCUUUUUAACAACGCUUUGCUUAUAACUGGCGACAGAAGGAUAUAAUAACUUUAGUUCUGCUGUAGACAGGAGGUUAUGAAUCUUUCUGGCCCUGCAGAGUUAUAAAGAAAAGAUUUACGUGUAGUCUACUUUGUUAUCGUCAACUUCGCCUAAAACUGCGUCAAUUAAACACAAAUAUAUUGCGACAUUUAAAAUGAUCUGUUUAAUUGAAUCCGACGGUAUAUAAAUUCCAAAAUUUUCUUUUUUAACAAAUACGAGGCACGGUUUGGACUGGUUAAGGUUAAAGCAAGCCGAAAGAUUCAUUGGAUUUUGUAUAAAGCAGAAAAAUGCAGCAAAACAAUUUGGUACAGUGCAAAGGGUUUUUGCGUAUACAUAAUUUGUAGCAAGUUUAGGGGAAUACGGUCAUCAGUUUUUAACUCGGUUUUGAAAGCUCGGAAAGAGCGAGACGGAUGUAUCUUAGAAAAUUCAGCAAUAACGGUUUGAUUUUUUAAACCAGCGGUGAAAAAAUGGCAGAAUCCCAUUAGCAAGUGAGAACAGUUAACGAUGAAAAUCGAUUACAGCUUGCCUAAAAAACGCCUUGAAAGGUAGAGGUUCGCGUUUUUGGCAAGUUUUCCAAAAACUCUCUUAGCGUCGAUAAAUUUUUUACAGCUUUGAGAAAUGGCCGUGGCAGUUUUUCUUUAAAAAGUCUUAAGUUGAGCUCUGCUCUGGUAUUUUCUCUUGAUAAUGCGAUUUAAUCUGUGCUGGAAGUUACUUACUUACAACCGUCCAAAACUACCUUUCUUUUCUCAGGCCCAGUUAGAAAAGAUGGUGACAAAACUCAAAGUGGAGAAGGCCCAAGUGGAGGCGUCUUUGAGAGAAGAGGAGGCUAAAUGUGGCAUGCUGUUGAAAGAAGUCAAGGAUGCAAACGAGGCCCGGCAGAGCUUGGAGAAACUGUUAUCUAAUGUCAAGGGAGACUCUAUAGAGUUAGAAAACAGAUUACAGUCUGAGUCACUCACUCGAACUCAACACGAAAGAGAGGCUGAAGAGCAUAAGGAAUUAUGGGAAGCAGAAGUACGGUCAAGAACAAAGUUGGGUGCUAAGGUACGGUAUGUGUGUUUCACAAACACAGAAAUUUGACGAGGUAUUGAGUAUGCAUUGCGUACCUACUUUUUAUUUUUUUUCGCUUGCGCGCUACAUUCUUCAUUCGUUAAAGGCUAUAGACUGAUAGCCGAAAGCUAAUGUUUUUAAUAUAUUUUUAACCAGAGAACGUUCUUAUUCCAAUGUAAAAAACCACGUGGCGCUGGGGAUGAAAACAGAGUGUAUCAAGCUAACGACGCUAGAGCGCAUGCGUCGUACAUGUUGGAUUCUACCAUAGUUCAUUUGUUCAAUGUGAUCUCGAAUGAAAUCUAAUAUAUAGUCGGCCCGCUAACUGAUCCGCGCAUGCAUUUAGAAAAAAUAGUUUUGUUCCAAAGAAAAUAGAACCACAAGGAAAGCGAGAGGUUUUCUUAAACAAAUAUACAGCUUUGUGAUGUUUUCUACAAAGUAAGGUAGGUAUUACACGUUUUUAUGUAGUACACACUGGCACCUGCCCCUCCCCAAACACUUAAUUGCCUCAAGACUACUUAAUUAAUUCAUAUUAAUUAAUUAAACAAACGUAAAAAAUUACACCUUAAUGCCUUGCGUUCCUAGGCAUUUUCUGAUUGUAAACCUUAAUGGUCUUUAGUAUCAUUCUUAGUGUGCCUCAAUCAAUCAAUCAAUCAACUUAAUUUACAGAGGGUGACUCAUGACAGUAUAAACUGAUAAACUAGUAGCCCUCUGUGCUAAAAAUCUACGAGUAAUUAUAAAAUAACUAAGUAUAGUACAAAGUAUGAACAAUACAAAGUUACAAUAUGUAAAAAGUUAUAAAAGUAAAAAGUCGGGGCAU